AUGAAUAAAUACGAGGUAUUGGGAGUUGUUGGAGAAGGUGCUUAUGGAGUGGUUCUCAAAUGCAAAAAUAAGGAGACCAAUGAGAUAGGUUAGAUUUGACAUUUAGUUGUGUAGUGGCGAUCAAAAAGUUCAAAGAAACUGAAGAGAACGAGAUUGUGAAAAAGAGUAUUCAAAGAGAAGUGAAAGUGCUUAGAUUGCUAAGGCAUGCAAACAUAGUGGAAUUGAAGGAAGCAUUCAAAAGGUAGUAUGAUGUAGAAAGUUAAUUAGAAAAGGGAGAAUCUAUUUAGUGUUUGAGUAUGUGGAGCGCAAUUUACUUGAAGUUCUGGAGGCAUCCCCUUCAGGAUUGGAAGUAUUUCGUAUAAUUAUCAUAAUAGCCAUUGUAUAUAAAGAGGAUAAUUUUUCAGUUGCUUAAGGCAAUAUAUUGUUGUCAUCAGAAUGAUAUUGUUCAUAGAGAUAUAAAACCAGAAAAUCUGUUGAUAAGCAACACUCAUCAGUUGAAGUUAUGCGAUUUCGGUUUUGCAAGAGUAUGAAGUUUAUUCUCAUUUAAUUUAGUCUUUAACUGCAUCAACAUAAGAUCUCACUGACUAUGUGGCAACUAGAUGGUAUAGAGCUCCAGAACUUUUACUUUCCUACUCAAAUUAUGAUAAAGGAGUUGAUAUGUGGUACAUUGUAUAAAUUAAAAUUAGGGCGAUAGGAUGUUUGUUAUGUGAAUUGACAGAUGGUAAUCCUUUGUUUCCAGGGGAGAAUGAAAUGGAUUAAUUAUAUCUCAUCCAGAAGAUGCUAGGACCAUUGACAUAAAGUUAAUAAGAAACAUUCUCAAAGAAUCCUCGUUUUUUGGGAAUGAAAUUUCCAGAAAUAUCUAAACCAGAAACACUGGAAUAAAGGUAAUUUAAUAAUUUAUUUUAGAUAUCUUUGUAAAUUACCUAAAAAAGCAAUCAAUUUUGUUAAAGGAUUAUUAAAGAUGGAACCAGGUGAACGAUUGACUUGUAAAUAAGCACUUAGACAUUAAUAUUUCGAAGAUUUGCCAGAAGCAGUUGAAUUCAUGAGAGAAUUGGAAUUGCAAAAUGAUUAAGAAAAGCGACAAGUAAGUGCAGGUGUUNAUAAGAUUUCUCUUCUUAAGUCUUAGCUAUUUAUUAUUUUGAUGAUUCAGUCCUACAGAGAUUUAAUAACUUCAUUUAUCUUGUUUGAUUUUCAAUGUUUUGAUUGUUUUAAGUUGAAAAGUAAGUUGGUAAUAUAAAGGUAGUUCUAAUAUGAUUAUCUAUUGAUGAAAGCAGAUGCUGAUCAUAACAAAAUUACAUAAUAUAAGAUCAGGAUUUGCAAAUUCAGAAUGGUAAUUUUUGAUUUCAUGUUUACACUUUGA